AUGGCAGGUCUAUCGUUUGAAAACUAUCAGAGAAACCAGUUCCUCGCGGAGCGCUCCAAUACCGUGCCCCAGGCCACAUCUACAGGAACUACAAUCGUGGGGGUCAAGUUCAACGGAGGUGUUGUGAUCGCUGCAGACACUAGAUCUACACAGGGGCCAAUUGUCGCAAACAAAAACUGUGCGAAGCUGCAUCGUAUGGCACCAAAAAUUUGGUGUGCGGGUGCCGGUACUGCUGCCGACACUGAGGCCGUGACAAGACUCAUUGGCUCGAACUUAGAACUACACUCGCAGUACGCUUCUCGUGAGCCCAGAGUUGUAUCUGCUCUUCAGAUGUUGAAGCAACACCUGUUCAAAUACCAGGGUCACGUAGGAGCAUACCUGAUCGUGGCAGGUACGGACCCCACGGGCGCACACCUCUUUUCUAUUCACGCACACGGGUCAACAGACGUAGGGUUCUACCAAAGUUUGGGCUCUGGAUCCUUGGCUGCAAUGGCUGUUCUAGAAUCCAAUUGGAAACAAGAUCUUUCAAAAGAAGAGGCCAUGGCUUUGGCAUCGGACGCUAUCGAGGCUGGUAUAUGGAAUGACUUGGGUUCGGGUUCGAACGUGGAUUUGUGUGUAAUGGAAGUUGGGAAGGAUGCGGAAUAUCUAAGAAACUACAGAAAACCAAACGAAAGAGAGGCAAAACAGAGAAGCUACAAAUUUGCUCGCGGCACGACCGCCAUUCUGAGCGAGCGAGUGCUCGACAUUUGCCAGGUCGAGGAGGAAGUGAUCGAUAUCGAGCUUGAAGCUUGA